UGGCACCUCUUCCAGAAGUAACCGUAACCUUGCUACAUGUUGAUGCUGUUUAUUGAGUAUGUCAAGCACUGUGCAUAGUUGUCUUCGAUUCUUGCAACAGCCCGGCAAGGAUUGUUUCAGGUCAGUUUCAUGGCUAUUCCACCUGAUUCCAGUGAAACUUCCUAUUUGCUACCUCCAAACAAGGAGGACUGGGAAGGGCAAGGCAUUCCUGACUUUGUCUAUGGGCAGAAGGAACUUGUGACCAAAGGGAUUCAGUGGCCAAGAAAUGAGCCUGGUCUCCUGGACGCCCUGCCACUGUCCCGCUUCGACUCUGCGCUCUGCUCUGCCUGGGCGCAGCGGAUGGAGCUGGGGCUGUUUCGCUACCGCCUGCGAGAGCUGCAGACCCAAACCCUCCCUGGUGCUGUGGGCUUUGUGGCUCAACUAAAUGUGGAGCGUGGUAUGCAGAGGAGGUGCCCCCAGAAUAUCAAGAGCGUGAGGCAGGCAUUUGACCCUGAACAGUUUAACUUCAAUAAGAUCCGGCAGGCAGAAAUCCUCUUCCGUUUGCUCCGGGAGCCUGAUCUCCCCAGUGCUCUCCAGCAAGAGGACAUCUUCGUGGUGAUCAAUGUCAGCCCCCUGGAGUGGGGCCACGUGCUGCUGGUGCCUGAGCCUGCCCGUGGGCUUCCCCAGCGCCUGCUGCCAGGGGUGCUGCGGGCUGGGAUUGAGGCUGUGCUGCUGAGUUUACACCCGGGCUUCCGUGUUGGCUUCAACAGCCUGGGUGGAUUGGCCUCAGUGAACCACCUCCACCUGCAUGGCUAUUAUCUGGCCCACAGACUGCCUGUGGAGGGGGCGCCAAGUGAGCCCCUGGAUCCUGGGGGCCAUUUGCAUCUGCUCCAGGCUCUCCCUGCUCCUGGCUUCCUCUUUUACACCAGUGGGCCAGGCCCUGAAUUGGAAGCCUUGAUAAGCAGGGUAUGUUGGGCCACUGACUAUCUGACUGACCAUGAUAUUGCACAUAAUUUGUUUGUGACCCGGGGAGCUCCACCUGGAAAGACAUCACUUUCCUCAGCCCUCACAGGGGUCCGAGUAAUUCUGUGGGCCCGGAAGUCCAGCUUUGGGAUAAAGAAAGGUGAUGCUUUCAAUGUUGCUCUCUGUGAGCUGGCCGGGCACCUCCCCGUCAAAACAUCCCAGGACUUCAGCAGCCUGACAGAGGUGGCUGCUGUGACCCUCAUUCAGGAUUCUCUGCUGCCCCCAGCUCAGGCAGAAGAGGUACAGGCAGCACUGGUGGCCCUGAUGUCCCAGGAAGAGCAGUAAUUUUUCCGGAGGUAUUUCUUUUCUAGCUGAUCUGAGUUGCUUUCCAGAGGGCUGUUCAUCGUGGUCACGUGGGCAUUUAUUUUCAUGACUGCCUUCUCACCCAUCUCAGUCUAAGAGGAAGGAUAAAGAAAGAACUGAUAAAUGGUCUCUUUAAAGGGGAGAAACCUCAGAAUAAACCUAAUGAAUGAGCUCUCA